AUGUCAGAGAAGUCACUUGACAGGUCCUCCAAUGAGGAAAUGCAGAAGCAUUACGAAGAUCUACGUAAACUUUAUAAGCCACCGUCUAAAAUUCGGUUAUUUAUUUAUGACCUUAUACUUUGGGCUUUUUGUGUGGUUUUCGAUUGCUUCUUCCGUGAGAUAAGGUCAAGAGGUGGAUUCAAGGUCCCUAAGAAGGAUGCCGUAAUUUUUGUUGCUGCUCCGCAUGCAAAUCAGUUUGUUGAUCCAAUCAUCCUAAUGUCUCAAAUUAAAAAGGCAUCAAAUAGACGUAUUUCUUGUUUGAUUGCUGAAAAGUCCCACAGGAGAAAGUUUAUUGGUUUAGUUUCAAGGUCGCAAUUGGCUAUACCUGUUAAGAGAGCUCAAGACAAUUUGCAAACCAGGAAAGGUUUGAUCAGACUAGACCAGAAUGAUGAAUUGCACAUUAUUGGUUCUAACACACAAUUCCUCAAAGAUUGCCAAAGUAAAGGCCUUAUUGCUCUUCCAAAUUCAUUAGCGAGUGGUGUGAUUGAAAAGGUGGUAUCUGACACAGAGAUUUACUUGAAAAAGCCACUGAGAUAUUCGUCACCGAAGAAUGAGGCUCGUGCCCAAAAAGUCUUGGUUGAAGGGACACCCUUCAAAGCAGCCGAUAAAAUUGAUCAAUCCGAGGUUUACGCACAAGUAUUUGAACACCUGGCCCAUGGUUAUUGUAUUGGUGUUUUCUCAGAAGGUGGUUCCCACGAUAGGCCAGAUUUGUUACCAUUAAAGGCUGGUGUUGCUGUCAUGGCUUUAGGUGCGAUGGAUUCCACACCUGGCCUAAAUGUUAAAAUUGUCCCUGUAGGUAUGAAUUAUUUCCAUGCCCACAAGUUUAGAUCUAGAGCAUUAGUUGAAUUUGGCGAUCCGAUUGAAAUUGGCGAUGAUUUAUUGAGAAUGUACUCAAACUCUUCAACAACGUCAAAUGCAGUUAAAAUUUUACUCGAUGAAAUUACUAAGGGUGUGAAGUCAGUCACGCUAUCAUGCCCAGAUUUUGAAAGCUUAUCAGUUGUUCAAGCUGGUCGUAGAUUGUACGCCAACAACUUCUCCAGCCAAUUGUCACUUGCUACAAGGGUUGAGAUGAACAGGCGUUUGUUGAAUGGUUAUUUACAUUUCAAAGAUGACCCAAAAGUUGUGAAGCUGAAGGAUGACAUUUUGAGAUAUAACGAGAAUUUGAAAAGUAUGAAAAUACCUGACCAUUUGGUUGGUAAUACCGAGGUCAAGUCCAAGUUUCUAGUGUUGUCUGAACUAUUACUUGCAGGCCUACAGGUGGCAGUUUUAGGAUUGUUGGCAUUGCCUGGUAUAAUUUUGUUUUCUCCUGUUUUCAUUGCAACGAAGAGGAUUUCUGAGGUCAAAAGAAGAGAAGCUCUGGCAGGAUCUACAGUUAAAAUUAAAGGUAACGAUGUCAUUGCUACUUGGAAAAUUCUUGUUGCUAUGGGAUUUGCUCCAAUUUUAUACACGGCUUAUUCAUUGAUCGGUAUCAAGGUUGUUCAUCUUUACUACCCAAAUGUAUCCAGACUAUUUGCAUUUUCAAUAUUUUAUGCUUUAUCAGUGACACUAACUUAUUCUGCACUUAUUUUUGGUGAUAAAGGUAUGGAUCUGUUUAAAGAGUCUAGAUCUGCGUGGCUUUUACUCACGGAUAAAAAUGGCUUCAACAAUUUGAAAAAUCAAAGAGAUAGACUAUCGGUUGAAAUUACCUCUCUAAUUAACGAGUAUGGUCCACAAAUCUAUCCUGACUUUAACUUACUAGAGUAUGAGAAGAACCUUCAAAUCAAGAAGGCAUUGAAAGACAAACGCAAGAGGGAACAGUUUGAAAAGUUGCAGAGUGGUUUAACUGAAGAAGAACAGUUAGAAGAGAUCAAAACUCAGGAGCUCAGACAACGUAGAUUACAGAGAAAAAUGGAAAGGAAAAUGGGCGACGAUGAUAACAAGAAAAUCGAUAAAAAAUUUGUCAUAACCCAGAAUACUUCAAUUCUUCAAGAUGACCAUUCGAGUAACGAACUGUCUUCCACUUCUCUUUCGGAUUCAGAGUUAUCAUCAUCGGAGUCUGAUUUUAGUAACUCAUCAUCUGCUAAGUACAAAACCUUGAAUAUGAUCAAAGACCAAAUGAUCAGGGAAAACAGGGAAAGAGACAAUAGUAAUUAG